ACAAAAAAAUAGUCGCCUUAUCCUUAGGCCUACUAGCUUCAUUGCUUUUAAGGGAUUUUUCAAAUAUUUCUUUUUCUUUCAAGAAAGAAAGUCUUGUCAGCCACCCAAGACAGACACGAGAAGCGGUUUGCGGGUUCCGGCUACGCCACCCCUCUCUCUCUUCCGCUCCUUGUGAGUCAGACUUUCUCACUCAACCUGAAAAAAAGAAAGAAAAAAGGCUUAAUUCGAAGUGCACCUUCACUUCUUGACCUGAAAAUUUGCUUUUCAAAUUAUUCUACCCAAUUCUUCUUUUCCUCAACUAAUUAAGAUGCUCCGCUAGUUUAUGAGCUCUAGCUUCUGGUCCAUUUUUUUUUUUUUUUUGUUAGGGUUCGGGUUUCUUACUCAAACUAUAUAUUUUCUCUGUUUUUAAUUUGUUUAGGGUUUUAGGUGUUUAAUUAUUAUUAUUAUUAUGUUUUUUUGAGGUAGAUCAUCUGGGUGGUUUAGUUUGUUAAGAAAAAAAAAAGAAAAAAAAAAAAAGAAGCUUGUUGAGAAAAAGAAAUAAUAAAAAAGAAAUGGAGGAAUAUAAUCAAAUGGAUGAGAAUACAGGAGGUUCAAGAGGAAAUUUCUUGUACAGCUCAGCAGCAAAUCUCGGAGGAAAUUAUGGAAGAACAAAUGAUGGGUCAAACGUGGGUAAUCAUCAUCAUCAUCAUCAUCAGCAGACCCAGAUGCCUAUCAGCACCUUCCAUCUACAAUCAGGCGGUGACUGUUUUCAGUCGUCUGGAGGAGGAGGAGGAGGAGGACACCCAAUUGUGAAGACUGAAGCGAGCACUUCUCAACACCUUCAGAAAUUUCAUUAUCCUCUUAUGUCCAGAACCCACCAAACUGUUCAACACCAUCACCAUGAAAAUGAUACCACCGCUAAUGAAGUCGAAGCCAUUAAAGCCAAGAUCAUCGCUCACCCUCAGUACUGUAAUCUCUUGGAAGCUUACUUGGAUUGCCAGAAGGUCGGAGCUCCGCCUGAAGUGGUGGCGCGGCUCUCGGCUGCUCGUCAGGAUUUUGAGGCGCGGCAGCGAUCUUCAGUGAGUUCAAGAGAGAAUUCGAAAGACCCAGAACUCGAUCAGUUCAUGGAAGCUUACUACGAUAUGCUGGUGAAAUAUCGAGAGGAACUUACGAGGCCUAUACAAGAAGCGAUGGAUUUCAUGCGGAGGAUCGAAACUCAGCUUAACAUGCUUAGCAACAGUCCCGUUCGGAUUUUCGGCGCUGACGACAAGUGUGAAGGCAUUGGUUCAUCGGAAGAUGAUCAGGACAACAGCGGUGGAGAAACAGAACUACCGGAAAUCGAUCCGCGCGCUGAAGACAGAGAACUUAAGAACCACCUAUUGAGGAAAUACAGUGGUUAUUUGAGCAGCCUCAAGCAAGAGCUUUCCAAGAAAAAGAAGAAAGGGAAAUUGCCAAAAGAUGCCAGGCAGAAGCUUCUUAGUUGGUGGGAAUUGCACUAUAAAUGGCCAUAUCCUUCUGAGACAGAGAAGGUGGCAUUGGCUGAAUCAACCGGUUUGGACCAGAAACAAAUAAAUAAUUGGUUCAUAAAUCAAAGAAAGCGUCACUGGAAACCUUCUGAAGACAUGCAAUUCAUGGUGAUGGAUGGUCUUCAUCCACAAAACGCAGCGCUCUACAUGGAUGGUCACUACAUGGGGGAUGGUCAUUACCGUCUAGGCCCAUGAGAGAACAAAUGAAUUAAACCCACCUCCACUUCGUGAAGUUGAUGAGUUUCAAUUCCAUAUAAUCCUGAUCAGGAUCGCCAGCUAGCAUGCUGUGAUUUUAAGUGCUAAUAGUCCAGCCGGUAAUUGUGUUCUACAUUCCCAUCUUUUUUUCUCGUCUUUUUUUUUUUUUUUUUUUGGGUAUAAUUUUGUGGAAGUUCAUCGUCGAUAUGUUCUUGGUGAUAUAUAAAUCAAAAGCUGGAUUGCAGCGUAACCAUAUAUAUAUAUAUAUAAUCAUUUGUGCAAUUUUAUAUAUAAAGUUGGGGUGCAUGUUUCUUCCGUU